AUGGCUGCAGCCUCACCUCCGUCUCGUCUUCUCCGGAGCAGAAGUGGAGCUCCAACCGGCAUGUCAAUGAUGUUUUCUCCUGAAACAAGUCGAUGCUCUAGCCAAAGAUAUUCCAUCCGUUCAAAAUCAACCACUAAAUCAAGAAAUACUACCUCGAAAGGAGACCGAGAAAAUUAUGCGAUGUCGUCAUUCAUUUCAUCAGUUCCACGCUUGCAGAGGAAACCACAAGACUGUAAUAGAGAUACAGCUGCUGCUACCAAAAUACCGCAGCAUGGUAAUCUGCGCGGUCCUAGUGUAGCAUCGAGGAAGGUCAGGUCGGCGCCACCAUCUCCCUCCGCAUGGAUGUCGACUCCCCCAGGGCGGACUUCAAUGGAGGCUCAGACGACUUCAACUUCAAGCAGUUUCCGGGCUAAAUCAGAUGGCGGCGGCAGCAUCAGUAGGGUUCUGAAGUAUUUCAGGACACAGAAGAAGGUUUCGCCGGCGCAGGAGGAGGAGUUUCACAAGUUACGGAUGCUGCAGAACCGGCUAUUGCAGUGGCGGUUCGCCAACGCGAAGGCUGAAACCAGGAUGACAGGCACGACAAGGACAGCAGAGGAGAAGUUGUUCCGAGUGUGGGUGAGGAUCUCGAAGUUGAGAUGCUCGGUGGCGGAGAAGAGAAUGGAGAUGCAAAGGCUAAUGGAUGGCAUCAAGCUCUAUGACAUUUUAAGUCCUCAGAUAUACCAUCUCAACGAAUGGGGGGAAUUGGAGAGGAAAUACAAUGAAGGUGUGAGCAGGAUGAUUAGAAAGCUCUCUGCCUUUUCUAACAAUGUUCCUCUACUACAAGGUGCCCAGGCAGAUUUGGUGGCUCUCGAUGAAGCUGUAAGAUUGGCCAUGGAAGUUAUGGACAACAUCGACAGAAUGUGCGCCAAAUUUUCCGAUAAGGCAGAAAACUUGCAUCUUCAAUUGAUACAAGCUUCCGACAUCCUAAGACAAAGGCGCGAGUGUGCACAAGAGCUGGAGAUCAUUUUUCCUGGUACUUUAGAUUUACUGCUCCCCAUUGAGUCCCUGCAGUUUGGUGCGGGGAAAAAAGAGUCGAAUGCUUGUGCGGCAACCUGCCCCGGAGGUUGGUUGGUGGUGGUGGGGGUGCUGGAGGGGAACAAACAACCCCAUUGA